AUGGAGGCAGUGAAGACAAUUAUGCUGAUGAUAAUCAGUGCAGGAGUUCAAGCUACAGCCCUUUUACAAGAUGAUCCAUGUAACAACUAUAAAAUGUUAUAUGAUGAUGGUGGCCGGAGUAUUAAAUGUGACCUGUAUUACUCUGAGUCCCAUGAUAGAUUUAUAGAUGAAGGAUGGAGAAGAGUCCAGCUACAGCCAACAGGAGAAGAUCUUAAUAUGCCUACUCAAUGUGUUCCUCAUGGAUAUUGUGGCUCUCACAGUAAUGUCUGGUUAAAUGGUAGCCAUCCUACAGUAGAAGAUGGUAAAGUUGAUAAAAUGGGGGGAUUAAGUACCCAUCCUACAGUAGAAGAUGGUAUAGUUGAUAGAAUAGGGUGUUUAAGUACCCAUCCUACAGUAGAAGAUGGUAUAGUUAAUAGAAUGGGAUGUCUAAGUAUGUUUUCAUCUUGUUGUAAAGCCAAGUAUCCGAUAAAGAUUAAAAAUUGUUCUGACUACAAUGUUUAUAAUUUAAAGAGAACUUUUGGUAGUGAUGAACGUUACUGUUUUGGAGAAGCUGUUUGUUUCUAUGCAGCCGUCGAGCGUAUCUUACACUUCUUUCAGAAGCUGCGAAAUACUAAUGAAGAUUAA